AAACAGCAGAACUUGUAAAUGAUGGUAACAAAAUCAAAUCCAUCCCAUAUAAGACUCUCUGAUACAAAUCUCUCCUUCUUCACAGAGACUCUCACUUUUCCAUCUCUCUCAAAGGUCAGUCAGAUCCAGAUCCCUCUCUAACCUUCUUUAUUUCUUCAUUUAUUGAUUGUAUAUUGCUUUUACUAUUUCAUAUCUUUGCUUUUCCAUUCAUUUCACGAUCUGGGUCUCCCAGAUCUGCCUUGAAUUCAUCCAAAACUGAUCGAGAAUGGAUUUAACUUGCAAUUUUAGCAUCUGGGUGUUGUUUGUUUUCUUUGUAUUUCAAUCCUUUUGUUAUGGGUUUUACUUGCCUGGUAGCUACCCUCACAAAUACGUUGUCGGAGAUGCGUUGUCUGUGAAAGUUAAUUCACUCACUUCCAUAGACACCGAAAUGCCCUUUAGUUAUUACAGUUUGCCCUUUUGUAAGCCUCAAGAGGGCGUCAAAGAUAGUGCUGAGAAUCUUGGUGAGCUUUUGAUGGGUGAUAGGAUUGAAAAUUCUCCCUAUAGGUUUAAGAUGUACACCAAUGAAAGUGAUAUCUUUUUGUGCAAAACGGAUCCGUUAUCGAAAGAUAAUUUCGAUUUGUUGAAGAAGAGGAUUGAUGAGAUGUAUCAGGUUAAUUUGAUCCUUGAUAAUUUGCCAGCGAUAAGGUACACCAAAAAGGAUGGCUAUCUUUUGAGGUGGACGGGGUUUCCAGUUGGGGUUAAGUAUCAAGAUGCCUAUUAUGUGUUUAAUCAUUUGAAGUUUAAGGUUCUUGUCCAUAAGUAUGAGGAAACUAAUGUUGCUCGUGUUAUGGGUACUGGCGAUGCGGUUGAUGUGAUUCCCACGAAAGCGAGUGAGGGAUCUGAUGUGCCGGGUUAUAUGGUUGUUGGAUUUGAGGUUGUGCCAUGUAGUGUGAUGCAUAAUGUUGAUUUGGUGAAGGAUUUGAAGAUAUAUGGUAAGUACCCGAGUCAGAUUAAAUGUGAUUCGAACAUUGUGUCUAUGCCUAUUAAGGAGGGUCAACCAAUUGUGUUUACUUAUGAGGUUAACUUUGAUAUGAGUGAUAUCAAGUGGCCAUCCCGUUGGGAUGCUUAUUUGAAGAUGGAGGGAUCAAAGGUCCAUUGGUUCUCAAUCUUGAAUUCCCUUAUGGUUAUUACUUUCCUUGCUGGUAUUGUUCUUGUGAUCUUUUUGAGGACUGUUCGGCGGGAUCUGACUCGGUAUGAGGAGCUUGACAAGGAGGCUCAAGCACAGAUGAACGAGGAGUUGUCUGGGUGGAAGCUUGUUGUGGGGGAUGUUUUCCGUGCCCCAAGCAAUCCUGGACUUUUGUGUAUUGUUGUUGGAGAUGGAGUUCAGAUUCUCGGGAUGGCUGUCGUGACUAUUUUGUUUGCUGCUCUUGGAUUCAUGUCACCAGCUUCCCGUGGAACUCUUAUCAGAGGUAUGCUGUUUUUCUACAUGAUUCUUGGUGUUCCAGGUGGCUAUGUUGCUGUUCGUCUAUGGAGGACAAUUGGCUGUGGUGAUCUUAAAGGAUGGAUUUCUGUGGCAUGGAGGGUUGCUUGUUUCUUCCCUGGUAUUGCCUUUUUGAUUCUAACAACUUUGAAUUUCCUGUUGUGGGGUAGUCAUAGCACAGGAGCCAUUCCAUUCUCUUUGUUUGUUAUUCUGCUUCUGCUAUGGUUCUGUAUCUCUGUGCCCCUUACCCUAUUUGGCGGUUACCUUGGGGCGAAGGCACCUCAUAUUGAAUUCCCUGUUAGAACCAACCAGAUUCCACGUGAAAUCCCGGCCCAGAAAUACCCAUCUUGGCUUUUGGUUCUUGGUGCUGGCACUCUUCCAUUUGGUACCCUCUUCAUUGAGCUCUUCUUUAUCAUGUCUAGCAUCUGGAUGGGUCGUGUUUACUAUGUCUUCGGUUUCCUCUUGAUUGUUUUGAUACUGCUUGUGGUGGUUUGCGCCGAAGUGUCUCUUGUUCUCACAUACAUGCAUCUUUGUGUUGAGGACUGGAAAUGGUGGUGGAAAUCCUUCUUUGCGUCAGGAUCAGUAGCAAUCUACAUUUUCUUGUACUCCAUAAACUAUCUCAUUUUUGAUCUCCGAAGUUUGAGUGGACCUGUCUCGGCCACUCUUUAUUUGGGAUACUCUCUUGUCAUGGUCAUAGCAAUCAUGCUAGCAACAGGCACAGUUGGAUUCCUUUCUUCAUUCUGGUUUGUGCAUUACUUGUUCUCUUCAGUGAAACUGGACUGAAGACCUCUCCCCUUUCCAGAUAUUAGCAUUCUGAAGAGCAGCUGUGGUUCACUGGCAGAUUAAUGCAACCUUUAUGGAAGUCGAUCAUGUUUUAUUUUCGAAAUUUACUUUGAUAGGAACUUAGUAAAUUGUAAUAUCAAUAAUGUGGUCCAGUUUUCCUUAAUUUUUGUUUACAUUGAGAUCAUGGCAUGAUAGUGUUAUACCAUAGUGUAUUUGCAUCCUUGCGGAUUAGAGGCUUAUCUAGUUGUUUCUAGUUUGUAACUCGGCAUUUUGAAUUCUAAGUACUAUGUGCUUAACCAUUCAAAUCUUUAUGGAUUCUAAGGCAUUUUUGUGCCUUUUGCUUGUUUUA